AUGGACGACGAUCCAAGUGACCAAUCCAAUUUGGCAAAAGAAACAGAAGGAGAAAAGCAAAAAGAAAGAGAAAUGGAAAAAACGGACGUUAAUUUGGAAGCACCAGAAGGAGAUACUCAAGAGAAGUCAUUUAUCAAAUCAAAGACUAUUUCCAACAAUAUGUAUGGUUUUUUCGGAUAUGUCUCCAUAUGCAGUCAUGGCCAGCCACCAUCGGUGCGCUGGGGUACGAUUUCUCCAGAGGCAACAAAUCGUGGUACAACUUCUGCACCAACAAAUCCAUCAAAUGAACUCGCUCCUAGUCGCGAGAUUGUCUCGCUUCAUGUCGGUCAGGCAGGUGUUCAAAUUGGCAAUGCUUGUUGGGAGUUGUACUGUUUGGAACAUGGAAUCCAGGCAAGCACUGAUCCUGAUGGUAUCAUGCCGGCCGACCAGACUGUAGGAGUCGAGGACUCUUCCUAUAACACAUUCUUCUCAGAGACCCAAAGUGGCAAACACGUUCCGCGAGCUGUUUUUGUUGACUUGGAGCCAACAGUCGUCGAUGAGGUUCGUACGGGAGUCUAUGCUAAGCUUUUUCAUCCUGAGCAACUCAUCACCGGAAAAGAGGACGCCGCGAAUAACUACGCACGUGGACACUAUACAAUCGGCAAGGAAUUGAUUGAUGUUUGUAUGGAUCGAAUCAGACGUCUCACCGAGCGAUGCUCGUCUCUUCAAGGCUUUCUUAUCUUCCACUCAUUCGGCGGUGGAACCGGCAGCGGAUUCGCAGCACUGAUGAUGGAACGUCUAUCGGUAGACUUUGGAAAGAAGGCAAAGCUUGAGUUCAGCAUAUAUCCGGCUCCACAAAUCAGUACAGCGAUGGUUGAACCGUACAACUCUCUGCUGACCACACAUACCACUCUUGAACACUCUGAUUGCUCAUUUAUGCUCGAUAACGAGGCCAUUUAUGAUAUAUGCAGAUCGAAUUUGAAUAUAAGAAGUCCUUCGUAUACAAAUCUGAAUCGUCUGAUCGCUCAAGUGGUCUCAUCUAUUACAGCAUCGCUUCGUUUCGACGGUGCACUAAAUGUCGACCUCACCGAGUUUCAGACAAAUCUUGUCCCCUAUCCAAGAAUUCACUUUCCUCUUGUCACGUACGCUCCUAUCAUUUCAGCGGAAAAAGCUUAUCAUGAACAGCUUACCGUAUCCGAAAUCACUAACGCGUGUUUUGAACCUGGCUGUCAGAUGGUUAAAUGUGAUCCUCGCAAUGGAAAGUACAUGGCAUGCUGUUUGCUAUUCCGUGGUGAUAUCGUGCCAAAGGAUAUAAAUUCUGCGAUUGCCGUGAUCAAAACGAAGCGAGCCAUCCAAUUUGUUGAUUGGUGCCCAACUGGUUUCAAAGUCGGCAUCAACUACCAGCCACCAACAGUGGUACCAAAUGGCGAUUUGGCCAAACUUCAGCGUGCUGUCUGCAUGCUGUCUAACACCACAGCAAUUCAGGAAGCAUGGGCUCGUCUUGAUCAUAAAUUCGACUUGAUGUACGCUAAGCGAGCUUUUGUGCAUUGGUAUGUCGGCGAAGGUAUGGAAGAAGGUGAGUUUUCCGAGGCACGUGAAGACAUCGCGGCACUUGAGAAAGAUUAUGAGGAAAGACUUUGCCCAAUGGUUCACAGAGAAGUCAUCUACCUAGCCAUUGUAAUCGUCAUGAUGGCGUUUCCAUCGAUCUCGGCAAUGAAGAAAAUAAAAAAACCUCGAAGAGAAAGCAUCUACAUCCAUAUGGCAAAGGAUCUUCCAGCUGAUGAGCCUCCACAUACGAAACCUUUAAAGCACAUUGCUGCGUUACGCAGUGAGUUGGCCACACUGGAGGCUCUAGAAGCUGAACGAGCUAAAGUUGCUACUGCUAACGAACAAGCUGCAGAUGUUUCUGCAGGUGUUACUAUCACUGCUUCUGCUCCUGAUGCUACCGAAGGUGCUACUGUUACCGUACCUACUACUGGUCCUGUUGCUGUAGAAACUGAGUCGUUGUCUGUUGUCGAUUCCCACCAGGUUUGCCAAGUACCUGCUCAAUGUUCUUGA